AUGUCGGACUUCUUCCGUAGGGCAUCUGACGCGUUCCAUCACCGCCGAAGCUCAACUGACUCGACGGAUGCACCUACAUCCCCUGACGUUCCUAGUGCAGCAAAGCCUCCCGAGCAAGAGCCACUGAAUCAAAAGCCCGAGUCUACUCAGCCUAAAUCUUACGGUAAUGAGGCAUUUGCUGGUACAGCGAAUGAUAAUAUUACGCCUCCGAAGCAACAUCACCUUUGGGGAUGGCCACACCAUCAGGAAAAGCAGCCUGGGACAAAACAGCAACCUAGCCAGAAACAAGAAGAUGUUGACUGGGUUGUUGGCACGUAG